UUGAUGACUAGGUAUCAAUUUUAAAUUGUCAAUCAAAACAAACAAACCUCCCCCAAACCUCAACAAAAUGUUCAAAUUCAUCGCUGUCUGCUUCUUCGCCCUCUUGGCUGUUGCUGCCGCUAAACCCGGUGUAGUUGCUCCAUUGGCGUAUACCGCCCCAGUGGCAUACUCUGCUCCAUUGGCCUACUCUGCUCCUUUGGCUUACCAUGCUGCCCCCGCUGUCGUCGGUAGUGCUGCCUAUGUUGCUCCCUAUGCCAGCAGCUACAAUGCCCACACCAUUGCCCACUCCGCUGCCUUCCCAGCCACCUACGCUGUUGCCCCUGCUGCCGCUGUUGCUGCUCCAGUAGCCACCACCUUCGCCGCUGCUCCAGUUUUGUUGAAGAAGUAAAUCAGAGAUAAUGAAUUUGAA